AUGCCAUCAUCAUCAUCAUCAUCAUCAUCAUCAUCAUCAUCAUCAUCAUCAUCAUCAUCAUCAUCAUCAUCAUCAUCAUCAUCAUCAUCAUCAUCAUCAUCAUCAUCAUCAUCAUCAUCAUCAUCAUCAUCAUCAUCAUCAUCAUCAUCAUCAUCAUCAUCAUCAUCAUCAUCAUCAUCAUCAUCAUCAUCAUCAUCAUCAUCAUCAUCAUCAUCAUCAUCAUCAUCAUCAUCAUCAUCAUCAUCAUCAUCAUCAUCAUCAUCAUCAUCAUCAUCAUCAUCAUCAUCAUCAUCAUCAUCAUCAUCAUCAUCAUCAUCAUCAUCAUCAUCAUCAUCAUCAUCAUCAUCAUCAUCAUCAUCAUCAUCAUCAUCAUCAUCAUCAUCAUCAUCAUCAUCAUCAUCAUCAUCAUCAUCAUCAUCAUCAUCAUCAUCAUCAUCAUCAUCAUCAUCAUCAUCAUCAUCAUCAUCAUCAUCAUCAUCAUCAUCAUCAUCAUCAUCAUCAUCAUCAUCAUCAAGUAAUCAUAUUUAUUUUUUUCAAAAAGAGGGGUGA